CCUAUUAUUAUCCACAGUUCAUAUAUUUCUCAUUCUCCUCAUCUUCACGCUCUCUUCUCCUUCACCGUUAAACCCUAGAACUAGGGUUAGGGUUUUAGCUUACUGUUUUUUUUUCAUUCGUCUACUUCUACUGCUUUGCUUAGGGUUCUGUAGGCCGUAGUUAUAUUUUCCUUUCGUUUUUUGUUUUCAGAGUUUUUUUUUGUUCAUUUGUUCGAAUCUAAGUAGCUAUGGAUUUCCGGAAGAGAAGCAGGAAUGGAGCUGGUUCGAACUUCAAUGGAGGUUUGAAGAAAUCAAAGCCAGAAAUGGACUCCUUAUCGGGUGGUAUAGGAAGUAAAACGAAGCCAUGCACGAAGUUUUUCAGCACUGCUGGCUGCCCAUUUGGUGAGAGCUGUCAUUUCCUUCAUCACGUGCCUGGUGGCUACAAUGCUGUGGCCCAGAUGAUGAACUUAGGAUCAGCUCCAGCAUCAAGAAAUGUGGCUGCACCACCCAUGUCCAAUGGAAAUGCUCCUGCUGUGAAAACCAAACUUUGCAACAAAUUCAACACAGCUGAGGGAUGCAAAUUUGGAGACGCAUGCAAUUUUGCUCACGGGGAAUGGCAAAUUGGUAAGCCGAUUGUGCCAUCACAGGAAGAUCCACGUGCCAUGGGUGUUGGACAUGCUCCUAGUCGUUUUGGUGGGCGAACAGAGCCUGCUGUUUCUGGAUCUGCUGCUAGCUUUGGUACCACGGCAACUGCAAAGAUCAGUGUGGAUGCUUCUCUCGCUGGAGCAAUCAUUGGGAAGGGUGGCGUGAACUCUAAGCAGAUUUGUCGACAGACGGGAGCAAAGCUGGCAAUCCGGGAGCAUGAAACAGAUACAAAUCUCAGAAACAUUGAACUGGAGGGUACUUUUGAACAAAUUUCUCAGGCUAGUGCUAUGGUAAGAGAGUUGAUCAACAGCCUUGGUCCAGUAGGCGGCCCUGGAAGAGAUCCGGCUGGUCGUGGCGGCCCUGCCCCUCCUAUGAACAAUUACAAGACGAAGCUCUGUGAGAAUUUUGCUAAAGGGUCUUGCACUUUUGGGGAUAGGUGCCACUUUGCCCACGGGGAUGCUGAAAUGCGCAAAACAGGGGCGUGAUUUUAGAAGGCAACUUCUUCCAUGUGUUACCUUGCUUGUGGUUGGUGAUGCUGAUACUUUGUAUAUCUCAAUUUUGGGCUCUAGUUAUGAAAUGCAACUUCAUGAGAGGAACCUAGUAUUACCUAGGCAUGAUUUGGUAUCUUCUUAACAGUACACUACUAAUUCUAGCUUUUUUUGAGUUUGUGUUAGUUGCUUAUUAGCUCUGUUUUCUCUGUACUUCCAUUUAUUUAAUUAAUCCCUUCAAUAUCUUGGUAGGUUU